AUGCGAAGUAAUAAUGGCUUCUUUGCUAUUUGCAACCGUGAGACGGGACUACGGCGGCCCAGACGGUUUUCUCGUCAGUACUCUGCUAACCAGGAAAUUGUAAAGCAAAUAGAUCUGUAUGCAGAACUAGAAGGGCAUAACGAUCGUGUAUGCAGCAUGGAAUUCAAUUCCAGUGGUGAGCUCCUUGUGUCGGGGUCUUUUGAUAAUCAAGUCAUAUUUUGGAACUGGGAAACUAAAACUAAAAGAUUUUCUUAUGAUCCUGGACACUUGGAGGAAGUAAAUCAAGCCAAGAUAAUGCCUUUCACGAAUGAUCGGAGAAUAGUAACCGCUUGUGAGGAUGGUCAGGUGAGGCUAGGUGAGGUUCUAGAGGAUGGCCAAGUCCAUACAAAAUUGUUGGGAAAUCAUAUAGGCAUAAUUCACAAGCUCGCUGUAGAGCCUGGAAACUCCUACAUAGUUUACAGCUGUGGUGAAGAUUCCUUUGUUCAACACUUUGACCUGCGAAGCAAUACCGCUACAAAGCUAUUGAGUUGCACAAAAUUGAUAAGAGGAGAGCCGCAACCUGGCCGCACUUUAGAGUUGUAUCGGAUGGUAUUUGAUCCAUCAAAUCCAAACUACUUCUGCCUAGGAGGCACUGAUGCAUAUGCACGAGUCUAUGACAUAAGAAAAUGCUGGCGGGAGGCAUCUAGUAGUUUAACCAAACCUGUGAAGAUAUUUCGCCCUGCUCACCUGAAACGUACAUACGAUUUUCGAAUCACAGGGUUGGCAUACUCUAACUCCGGUGAGCUACUUGUGAGCUAUAGUGAUGAGCUCAUAUAUCUGUUCCAGAAGAAUAUGGAGUUGUUGCCUCCAUUACUCCUGCCUAAAGACAUAAAGGAGCUUGAAAGGCAGGAAUUUUACUUUGGUCACAGAAAUGCAAACUAUUGUACUACUGUGAAUUUCUUCGGGCCUAAUGAUGAGUAUGUCAUAAGUGGGAGUUACUGCGGCCAUAUAUUCAUAUGGAAGAAGAAUGGAGGCGAACUAAUUCGUGUGAUGAGGGGCGACUCUGUAGAUGUACAUGACAUUCAGCCGCAUCCGCAUGAUCCUGUCAUUGCAACCUGCGGAUCGGAAAACAAUCUAAAGCUCUGGUCUCCUACAUCAAAUGAUGGUGCAUCUCCAUUGCCUGACAACAUUAUAGAGGAUUCGGUACUUAUUGUCUUCUAUGGCAUCAGUGGUAUAUCUCAUGUUCCUAGAGGUGUAAAAGGAGUUGCUCAUGCUGUCACAACUAGAGCAGUGUUCGAAAUAUCGGAUAUAUCGGCCGAUAUAUCGCCGAUAUUUAGAAUACGAUACGAUAAGAGCGUAUCGGUCAAUAUUUAUCGGUCAACGCAUAAAAACUGA